AUGGAGUCGCCAGGAGCAUAUCCCGAGUCGCCCACCGACCAGGACGAUGUCGUAUAUCCGUGCAAGGGGUGUGGAGAGGUAGGACAGACCCUAUCGAUCCAAGUUGUCCAGAUCCUCGAGGAAGGAAAGGCCUUCGAGCUCGCCGGCAACCGAUGGCACAUCGACUGCUUCCGCUGCAACACAUGCGGCACCCUGCUCGACUCGGACGCCAACCUGCUCCUGCUCGGCGACGGCUCCCUGAUAUGCAACAACUGCACAUACAGCUGCAACCACUGCGGCAACAAAAUCGAAGAUCUGGCCAUCUUGACCGGCGACCAGGCCUUUUGCGCGAACUGCUUCAGGUGCCGGAACUGCAAGCGCAAGAUCGAGAACCUGCGCUAUGCCCGCACAUCACAGGGCAUCUUCUGCAUGUCCUGCCACGAGUCGCUGAUGGCUCGACGGCGCAAGAAGUCAAAAAAACCUCCACCCGGACCGGCACCCAAGGUGGACAAAUCUCUGCCGGCCCUGCCUCCCCACGAGCGUCCCACAUUCACUCCCGACAUCGACACGCCCUCAGACAUCUUCUCAGAGCCGACCACGACCGACGUUUCUCCACGCCCCUCCAACUCAAGAAGGAACGACUCGAGCUCCAACUUCAGGCGGGACGCUUCUCCCGCCAUGACGGACAUGUCACGACGAGAUAACGUCACCCUCCCAGCGACCACCUACAACAAAGACCAUGUCCACAGUGAGGCCCCAGACGCUGCGGAUGACGGACUCCUACUGCCAUUCGCCCUCGACCCGAACACGGCUCCUGGACCCUCGCCUCUGAACAGACCGACGAGCAAGUUCGCUGAUCGAGGACUCGGAUCUGCCCAGACGGUAGCCAGUGAGAACAAGACCAGUCGCGACUACUUCAACCGGCCCUCUGCCGACCACCGAGAAAUGCUCAAGGAGAACGGCUCACGGUCUGCUUCCACAGAGCGUCGUCGGCCUACAAGUCCGCACAUCGCCUACCAGGAGAAGGGGAGACAGCCAUCAGAUAGUCUGGUUGAGACAUUACGCAAAAGGAAGGAUGUGACUGAAUCUCCUACACCUGAUCGUUCGCGAAGUCAGCAUGCUUCGCCGGCACCUCCCUCGGCCGCUGAACCCUUCAAGCUGCAAGACGUGCCCAAGAACAAGAAGGCUGAAGCCAAGCGCAAGGACUCGGAGCCUCAAGAGUCUCCUCAGCCCCAACAAAACUCUUUGACCAGGGAGAUGUCAGCGCGGCUGAGCCGACCCCUCAUCGAGCCCGACUUCACCUCCUCACCACCUGGUGUUGGACAAGACUCACCUGACACGUCAAGCUCCUCCUUCAGCUCACACUCCCGCGUGGAGCGUGUAGUUGAGCGCCCAGCUCGCGGAGACUCGCUCAAGCCUGCUGCGUCCAUUACUCGAUCUGAAAAGACGACAAACACGACCCCAGGGCCCAGUCAUCCCGAGCGCACGUCUUCGACUGCCUCGGCCGCAGCUCAUCUCAAUACAGGCCUGGGAAUAAUAAACCCCACUGACUCUCCACCAGCCAGGUCCAUCUCUGAUGUCCCAGUUCCCCCAGCCCGCUCAGCAGGCCGACCCGCACCACCCUCGACGCAGAACUUCACGUCCCCUCGUGCUCCUCCACAGCCACCGCCACCUCAGACCCACAAGACCAACGACUCUGUGAGCAGCGCUCAUACCGAGUCGUCGCGAGAUGCUCCCGGCGGAACUGGUCUUCCGCGGUAUAGUCACCAGGGCGACUUCUCCAUGGAUGAGGACUUUGCGCGUCUGCUCAGCAGCCAGGCGGAGAAAGACGAGAGGGACGGCGGAGUUUUCAGAAGAGUCUCAAAUGCUGUUUCUAAGCACGGCCGUAGUUUCAGUGACCGCGGCUCCAUCAAUUCUCGGGGCCACAAGAAGUGGCCGACCAACGGGUCGAUCGAAAUCAGCAGUCCGACGGUAGCGUCGCCAGACACAAGAGAAGAGGGCGUAAAUCUCCGCAAUGAGCUACGCCGCGCUCAACAACGGAUCGCCGAACUGGAAGCCGAGAAGAAUGGUCUACAAGAAUCCAUGCAUAGCGCUGCAGACAUAAGACAAGCAAACACUGUGCUCCGAGAGAAGCGCAACACCAUGGCUGUCUUAGACACGCAGCGAGAAGUGGUGAUUCGUGAGCUUGAGAUAAUGACUGAACACCUCAAGCGCGCCAAGGACAGCAAUGGCUCAAUGGAUUUGAAUCAGCUCAAGUCAGACAUUCUCAAAGACUUUGCAAACUCGCUUCAAAAGCUCAAGGAUCAGCUCUCCGGCCAGAUUGAGGACCUCAUCUCGAAGAGAGCCGAGCUGACUGACGAGAUAUCCAAUUUGAUUCAGAUGAAAGACAAGGGGUUCCAGGAGUACGAGUCACUUACUGCAGCGAACACCAAGCUCAACACCAUGAACCGAGAACUUGUCGACAGCAUACAGAAGACACUGCAAAAUAACAAGAAGAGUGCGCCGAGCCUCGACGCUUCCGCCAACGGACUUGGGAUCUACAACCCUCAGCACAAGGGCGGCAAGUCUGAUGUUUCAGUCGAUGUCCAUGGAUUGCAUGGAUUGCCCCACGAACAGUCAUUUGCCAACCUUCACGAAGCUGACGAGCAGGCCACGCUGGCCCAGCCACAAGUAGUGAACAUCCGCAAGACUGGCAAGCCCACCAAGUUCUCGACCUGGAAGAAGGGCGGACAGGCUAUCACCAAGAAUGUCACCAAGGGUUUCAAGGGCGCGUUUGGGUCUGAACAGAAGCAGGAAGAGUACAACAACAUCAGGGUCAUUGGAACGCCCUAUGGCUCCGUACAUACCCAGCCUGAUCUUGCGUCCAUGUCGACAAUGUCGACAAUGUCUAGCUCAAUCAAGAGCAGAGACGAGCAGGGUACACCACGAGCUUGGUUCAGCAACAACAAGAUGCCUUCAAACGGCAGACAGCCUUACCCACAAGGCGGGUUGAAGGGGAUGCAAAACAGCAGUAGUACCAACUUGGCUGUAGAUGCGAGCACCGUUCUAUUCGGCUCGGACCUGACUGCUAGGUGCGAAUUCGAGAAGCAAAUGAUUCCAAGGAUUGUCAGCCGCUGCAUCGAGGAAGUAGAGCUGCGAGGCAUGGACGUCGAGGGUGUCUACCGCAAGAGCGGUGGAACGUCGCAGGUCAAUCAAGUUCGCAGUGGCUUCGAAGCCGACAACGAUCACGAUAUCAGCGACCCAGAUCUGGACAUUCACGCAGUCACAUCAGCGAUGAAGAACUACUUCCGCCGUUUGCCUGUACCCCUGAUCACCUUCUCGGUGUAUGAUCAGUUCCUUGAAGCAGGCCGUAAGUACUAUGACCUCGGAGUCAAGAGGAAAUGCUAA